AUGGUCCCAUUGCUCCUGGUGUUCAGCGUCAGUCUGCAGGUAUCAGACUCGGAGAUCCCCAGGGGCCUCUCCGUGAAGUGCUGUGGUGUGAGUGAAGGCAGCAGAAGACACCUCACGUCUGGAAUCAUCUCUGAGAAAGGACCAAAUUGGAUCGGCCGCAGGAUGUUGGCAGGGGGUCCACUCCGCCAGGGGAAAAGCAAGACAUCCCUACAAUCCAUUAUCAACGUCAAGUACCCGCUCUACUGGUAUGAGUCCAGCCUAGGUCCGCUCCAUCCAGAGACUCUGUCCAUCUCCAGACUUGCAAACAGGUGA